UCAGCGCUGAGUCUGCUGCUGAGCGCCAGCGAGAGAGUGGGCCAGUAGGAUGAAGACGCAUAGUACGCGUGGGAACUGUAUGGAUUAGUUUGCACCGGCGAACUCUGCUCGCGCUCAGAGAGAGACUUACAAUAUUGUCGUCACAUAUCUCGCUGGAAAACAUUUAUUCGCACGCGCGCAAAAUCUGAAAUAUCUAUUCCGUUUAUACGCGCGCAGUGACGCCUCCUUUCUGUCAUGUAGGGCUUCAUGUGAACGCAUUACUGUUGACCGAUGGGACACAAACAGAGGGUCACCCAGUGUGAGGAGGCAACGUGAAGAGUCCGCCGUGUUUACAUGGGUCGAAUAAUUUUGGAAAAGAGAGCAAAUUCUGGCAGUACUCUUGGGAAAGUUCAGUUCCAGCUGCAGGGGAGCAGGUCGAAACGCUUAUCUAACAGGGAACACUGACUGAGUGUUGCGCGUGACAUCGCGUCUGAACAAAUCAUUUAGCCUACACCUGCCUCCGAGGACCUCAACUCAAACUCGACAUCAUAUUGUUUACCGAGGAUUACGUGUCAAUCGGAACCCCUAAAACAAGGAUAUAACGACUUUAAUUUUAAUAACUAUACUGCAACUGGGUGAAAAUGAGGCAGAGAUUCAAAUGCGCGCAGAAUUCACCAGAUUGUUUCCAGUUGUAAGUGCUACACUUAACAUCCUUGGGGUGCACAUCUAUUGUUUUUGAAACAGAGGUCUGUCACCCCGGAGAGGAGCAUCCGGACAGCUGCAUCUGGAGCAAAGGAGCGCUGUGUUGUUUGAAGGUUUCUGCAGGAAAAAAAAAAAAAAAAAAAAUGAGUCGCAUCCUUCACACACAGGUGUUGACCAUCUGGAUUACGCUUAUCUCCAAGGCAACAGCUGACCUGACCUGUGACGCUCUGCUCCUACUCUCCACAAAUCUUACAGCUCGCACUUUGAUCCUAUGGAACCAGACGUCUAGUCCCACCAACUCUACAGGUUUGUUUUGUAACACUUCGAUUGAUGGUAUUGGGACAUGCUGGCCCAGGAGCAGUGCUGGAGAAGUGGUGUCCCGCCCCUGUCCGGAGACUUUCCUCGGGGUCCGAUACAACACCACCAAUAAUGUGUACAGAGAAUGUCUGGCUAAUGGCACCUGGGCAAAGAAAGGAAACUACUCCCAAUGUCAGGAAAUCCUCAACGAGGAGAAGAAGAGCAAGCUGCAUUACCACAUUGCAGUCAUCAUAAACUACCUUGGACACUGCAUCUCUCUGGGAGCCCUGCUGGUCGCCUUCAUCCUCUUUAUGAGACUCAGGAGUAUCCGGUGUCUGAGAAAUAUCAUCCACUGGAACCUGAUUACGGCAUUUAUCCUGCGAAAUGCCACCUGGUUUGUGGUGCAGCUCACCAUGAAUCCAGAGGUGCAUGAGAGCAAUGUGAUCUGGUGCAGGCUGGUCACAGCAGCGUAUAAUUAUUUCCAUGUGACCAACUUCUUCUGGAUGUUUGGAGAGGGCUGCUAUCUGCACACAGCCAUAGUACUGACAUACUCCACUGACAAACUGAGGAAAUGGAUGUUCAUCUGUAUAGGCUGGUGUAUUCCUUUCCCCAUUAUCGUCGCAUGGGCCAUUGGCAAGCUGUACUAUGACAAUGAAAAGUGCUGGUUUGGGAAGCGGGCCGGCAUUUACACUGAUUAUAUUUACCAGGGUCCCAUGAUCCUUGUCCUACUGAUUAAUUUCAUUUUUCUCUUCAACAUUGUGAGGAUCCUAAUGACUAAACUGAGGGCCUCCACUACCUCAGAGACCAUUCAGUACAGGAAAGCAGUAAAAGCCACACUGGUUCUUCUGCCCUUGCUGGGUAUCACAUACAUGCUGUUUUUCGUCAACCCUGGCGAGGAUGAGAUCUCACAGAUUGUCUUCAUAUACUUCAACUCUUUCCUUGAGUCCUUUCAGGGCUUCUUUGUGUCCGUGUUCUACUGCUUUUUGAACAGUGAGGUUCGCUCAGCAGUUCGUAAGCGGUGGCAUCGCUGGCAGGAUAAGCACUCCAUUAGGGCGCGGGUAGCGCGGGCCAUGUCUAUUCCCACCUCUCCAACGCGGGUCAGUUUCCACAGCAUCAAGCAGUCGUCGGCCGUCUGACCCUAACAGCGAAGCGAAGCGCCCAUCCCCGUUUCUUCUGCUUCCGCUCUAUUCAUCCUCAACUAAUCAACCAUGUCCUCUGCAAAACCCAGGGAUAACAGCUAUGGGCCAAACAGGGUAUGAUCCUCAGCUGAAACAUAGAUGAAGGGUGGAAAUAUACACAAACAACUGCCGAAAACAGAGAAGAUGAAUCUGUUUCAGAAACAGAUUGGAGCAUCGGUGGUCUCAGACAAUGAUAGGAGACUGUGGAAGGCACACAAAAAGGUUGAUAAAGACAGAAAGAGUGUACUCAUUCAAUAGCUAAAGUUAUGUCACAACAUCUCCUCCUGAUCUGCUUACCUAUCUUCUCUGAUUGGAGACCUCAGUUUAUUCUUGUUUCCAGAACUUUCACAGUAGGAAUAUAUUAAAUAUACACUACAUGGCCAAAAAUAGUGUGACUGUGUUUGAAUGGGAGUAAAUCCCUUCAUCUAUAUUCCAACAUCUAUUGGAAAAUCUUACAGAAGACUGGAAGCUGUUAGGGGGAUAAACUUUUUAAUGGCAAUUUUUUUUUUUUUUAAUUAAGGCAAGCAAGCACAUAUCCACUCAUAUAUAAAAAGGUGAAAUGUGUUUAUAAAUAGAUUAGAUUAAAUUAAUAUAUUAAAGAAACCUUUAUGACAAAAUGACUCUAUAAGGAGAAAUGUCUUAAAUGAGCUUUAUGUCUUAAACGAGCUUUACAAACUGCUUAAUUCAUAACAUUUUAUUACAUUGAAAACAAAAUUAAUUAAAUCUCCAUAAAAUGAUCCCAUGAUGUGAACCCUAAAAUGUUCUAUAUCAAGCACCUGACAGAGUGUGAGUUUGGUUUUCAGUUGUCCACUAUAUGAAGUUUUGGUCAGAUAGUGUAUUAGUUUUAGGGUUUGGGAGUAUUUUGGAAUCGGAAAACAAACUGAAUAUAUUUGACCGAUCACAAUGUGAACUUAUUAUUGUUAUUGAAUCUUUUGACUCGAUACUUUAGAGAUAAAUGUAAUGAGUUUCUCCGAUUUGUUCAGUUUGUGACCCUCAUGCUUUCACAUUACUGCAGCUAGUAAUAGUUUCCUCUGAUUCUCAUACAUUUCUGUGAGCUAACUCAUUCAACAUGAAUGCUUUUUGCUAUGAAAUUAUGAGUACAUCUAUAGCUGCAUACAUCAUGUCAUACACAUACGCAAGUGCGAUACAUUUUUUACAAAGACGAAAGGUACGUGCUAAUGCUCUCUAAGCCAGUUUGCAUCCUGGGACUCAAGGAUAUAUCUAAACCCCUGAGAGAAAGAGGAAGGAAGCUCAUAGGAAAGGGAACAACAUAAUGAAAGACUCUGAUGCCUGCUAAAGUAGAAGACGACACUCUCCGAUGCUAAGUAUUUAACACAAUCUUUUAAAUAAGGGGUUUGUCUCAGAACAAAAAGGAUUUUGAUUUUAUCCUGCAUUUGGAGCUGCGGCCAAGCAAGCAAUUGAAUGUAUUUCAAUUAAUCACUCCAGCUCUCAUUUCCAUGCACAGUUCCAUAUAAAUUCCUACUUAUCAUGCAGGCUUACGAGACGAUCAUAAUACUAAACACUUGGGAAAUUGGAUUCUGGAAACUGUUUCAAAAAAAGACUAAUUGUAGUCUCACAUGACUGGAUGUUGUUAUUGCACGAGGCUGAACAUUUUACUCACCCUCAUGUUGUUCCAAACAUGUUUGACCUGUAUGAAACAAAAUGAGAAAGUAUUUUUUUUUUAGUAAGAAUGCAUUUAAUUGAUCAGUAGUAAUAGUAAAGGACAGACCAAAGGAUCCUGAUCUUUUUUAACACAUCACACAUAAACUGUUUUUAACAUGGACAAUAAUAAUAAAAAAGUUUCUUAAGCACCAAAUCAGCAUUUAUGAAGGAUCAUGUGACACUGAACUGUUAUGAACAUCCAGUUUGGAGAUCACAUGAAUAAAUUACAUUUUAAAAUAUAUUUAAAUAGAACACUCUCAUUUUAAUGUAAUAUUUUCCUCUCCAGUCACUUGAGAACUUCAACAAAUUAAUGUCACUGAGUUAAACUGAAUCAGUUUGAUCUGUGAAUGAAUCUUUCAGACUGGUUUUGCCUGAUUCAAAAAGAUUUGACUCAACAACAAUCUAGAAUUAAAUUGAAGGUCGAAUGGGUUCAAAACAACAUGAGUGUGACUAAAUCUGAUGGCAGCUUUCAUUUUUGGGUAAACUGUUCCUUUAAAGAUGUCAGUGAUUUAUUUCAAACGAAGUGCAUUUCAAAAUUUACAUUGCUAUUGGUGGACCAUAUAUUUUUUCCUAGCUUCUCUGGACAGUUUUUUUUGUGUGUGUGUGUGGAAGGAAAUCUAAAUUUAACAAAUAGAUAAGUAGAGUGCAUUUGUGUUGAUCUAGGACCAGCUUCUCCCAACAGUUUAAAUCCCAACAGAAUCACUCAAAAGAAUCACCUCAGCAAAAUCUGCUUCGUUAUCAUUAGAGAGUCAAGGGAGAUCUGCGUGCCUUGCAGGGUCAUUUAACGUUUACCCAUGUGUUAAAACCCUCGCUAAGCUGAGCCGCCAAUGACCGAGUCCUGUGACCGCUCACUGCUGACUCAGCACAGUGAAGCAGAUUUAGCUUUUGUGCCACAUACAUCCAAUCAAUCACAUCUGAUAGGGAGAGCAAGGUUUUU